AUGAAGCCUACGACAGAGCCGAUAACGCCGAAGCGAGACCCGGUGGCUCAGGCUGUCUUUGGGGCUAAAUCAGCACCCGUAGGGACCACUCCACGAACAGGGCAGGACAUUGCCAACGUCGACGAAACAACCACCGCACUCCGCAUCGACAUCGCUCGGUUGAUGAAUUUGGAGGUCGUCCUUUGCGAUGCUGAAGCCUUUCUCGGAUACUACAUGCCCAAAUACGACAAGGAUACAGCGAAACAUGUUCUUUUCCUCCUGGCCACUGAGAAGAGGCAAGAUGGCACCACCGUUCUUGUACCACGCCACACUUCCAACACCCCAGUGGACUCCAAGCAAACGGGCGACGAUGAUGAGGUAUCCGUCAAUGCAGACGGUGAAGGCUAUGAGGAAGGGCCUGAAGACUCUGCCACAGAGGAUGAGAUGGACGACGGGCAAGGAGCCACAUCGAUUUUCAAAAAAAAGGCAAGAAUAGUCUUGGAGGAAGCCGAUUGGGACGACGACGAAGAGCAGUACCCUGACGAAUUCGGGGGAGAGACGACGGAGAACACGAACGAUGAUGGAGAGGAAGACUGGGAAGAGUAUAUUUACCCCUACUUUCUCAACGACUUCAAGCACAGGCCAUCCAUGGUGAAGAAGACGUACCUCGUCAACAAGAAGAAACGAGUUGCCAAUUUGCGCAGGGUCGACGAGGGCUCGCUUUUCAGCACGCUAACUGGGAUUGGAAACGCUGUCCGCGAUGCUCUUCGAGCCAAAGGAGUGGCGAUAAACGGCUAUCACAUCUUAAUGUGUCCCAACACGACAAUGACGUCUGGGAUAGAUGGGUGCGAUCAGAGAAUUGACGCUGCCCUCACAAAGAAGAGAGAUUUCAAAGGGAUAACAGUCUACGACGUCAUUGUCCCAUUCGAGUUCAAAGUGGACUGCAAGAACAGCAUCAUAUUUGAGAACCGUAGGCAGGUGGUUUCGCAUGUCAAUCAUACCAUGAGCGACGAUCCUCGCCGCCUGUUUAUGUAUGCGAUCUCUAUUGAAGAUGACCUUGUGUCCGUUUGGUACUUCUCUCGGUCACAUUCGGCCAAAGCCGCCUGUUUCAGCAUGGUUGAGCGCCCCGAUAUUCUCGUCAAGGUCUUUAUCUCCCUUUUCUGCGCGACGGAUCAACAACUCGGCUUCGACCCAUAUGUCACCCUGGUUGAAGACCACAGAUUUGUUUACGAACUCCCGCCCAACGAGAAUCGCUGCAAGUCUCUCUUCUACCGAACCAUCGAAUGCAUCUCCCACCCACGCCCCCUACGGCUUAGAGGACGGUCAACUCGAGUUUGGAAGGUCGAGCAGGUACAAUCGAAAAAAGACCACACUCGUGUUGCAGGGACGGGGGAGAUGAUAUUGAAGGACGUCUCCCUGAGCUCUGAUACGGCAACAGAGUAUGACAUUCAGAACAUGAUGUUCAAUGACAUGGACAAACUUGCGAGUGAUCCAAACUGGCGCAAGCGCGAUAUCUUGAAGGACUGCUCUCCGGAGCAGUUGGAGGAACUGGAAGGCGUCUUGGACAGCCGUCGUUUCAGAGAGCUCUUCUCAUGCGUGAAAGAGCACCAUGUGGGCAACUCUGGUCUUCUCGUCAUCCCAUAUUCAUGGAGGCUUCCGUCAGUCUUCUUGAGGCCAAAGAAACUUAGCCACCCCUGCUAUAAUGUUCGCACCAAUGCGGCCGUCGACUCGCCAUCGAAGGAUGAGGUACUGAAUGACGAUUCGAGCCAAGCGAAGGACUCGGAGGAAGAGAUGAUACCUACGCAGGCAUUGGUUCCUCGAAGGCAGUGUCGGCUUGUAUUCCACCACGUUUAUACGCCCCUGCUCAAUAUCCGAACUAUGGGCGAUGCUAUGGAUAUUCUAAAAGGGUGCGUGUUAGCUCUCCGUGUCAUGUUCUGUGCAGGAUGGGUCCACCGUGAUCUCAGUCCUGGCAACAUCCUCGCCGCCCGCACAUCCGCAAAUGGUCCGUGGCAAGUCAAGCUCUCCGACCUCGAAUACGCGAAACGGUUUCCGUCAGAUUAUUCGCCAAGUUCCACGCCCAAAACGGCAUCCCCACACUUUUUAGCGUACGAAGUGGCGACCAAGCAACCGAUUACUUUCGAAUCCCAUAACGAGGACACAAUCCUAGGCUCAGAACCGGAGGAUAUGGCGGACAAUGAAAAGAUGGCGCCGGUUUCCCACUUGACCGAUCUUCAUACCUUCCAGCACGACUUGGAGUCCAUCUGGUGGCUUUCUAUUUGGCUGGGGACCGUAAAAGUGGACGAAAAACUUCCAAGACAGAAAUUCAUGGACGUCGUGUUCCCAACAAAACUAGGGCUUGACAACCGGAAAGACCACGAGCGCUGGCGCUUGCUGACCGACAAAACACCACUUCAUGAGGACAAGGACCUAAUGAAUAGUCUGCCGCGAGCCCUAUCUCAGACCUCCUUCCUCCAGGCCCUAGAACUUCUUAAGAAGCAUCUGCUUGUGGAGUACAAGAAACGUAAUCUCCACGGCAAGCAAAGAGAGAUAGGCAGCUAUUCCUGGAUUAUCAAUGGUACAUUUCGAGGUUUUUUCCGCACGAUAGAUCGCUCGCGGCAGGAUUGGGCUAACAUCCGGCUUAUCGAGGACCCGAAACCGCAACGAAAGUCCGCGAAAGUAAAAGAGCCCUCCGACAACCUUGAUGCCCCACCUGCAGAUCCACUCACGGGCCAGAAGCGCAAGUUUCGACAGCCAAUUCGAUUUCAAUUUGAAAGUGAUAACAGAAGAGGAGAAAGGACCAUUGCUCCCCUUCCACGUCGAAAAAAGGGACAGGGACCUUCAGAGCCUUCACCAUCCUUGCAGACAUACAACAAGCCCACUCAAGUAAACGAUAGCAUGGGAAUGGGAACGAAUGGUGAGGAAGAUGAAGCAAAACAGGGACGGAGGAAGAGAGCCCGCCGCUGA